CCCCGCCCGCGGGUCCCGGAGUAGUUAGAGCCAGCGAAGUGCGGGCGGUGAUGAGAGCUUAAGUUGCUCUCGGUUCGGCGCUGAGGGCUUGAGGCGGCUCCUCGCUCCGCCUGCCCGGGCCUCCCGUGGCCUCGAAUACGCCAGUGGGCGUCCGCGCUCUCCGUCCCCGCACCCGCCGCGUCCCCUGCCCUCGCCCGGCGCCCGGUCCUCGUGAGCCGGGGUCCCCGCCGCCUUGGCCCGGCCCCGGGCCCCGCCGAUGCCGGCCAUGGUGGAGAAGGGCCCCGAGGUGUCGGGGAAGCGGCGCGGGAGGAACACCGCGGCCGCCUCCGCCUCCUCGGCCGCCUCCGCCUCAGCCGCUGCCUCGGCCGCCGCCGCCUCCUCGGCCGCCGUCGCCUCGGCCGCCGCGGCCACCGCCGCUCCCAAUAAUGGUCAGAAUAAAAGUUUGGCGGCGGCCGCGGCGGCGCCCAAUGGCAACAGUGGCAGCAACUCCUGGGAGGAAGGCAGCUCGGGCUCGUCGAGCGACGAGGAGCACGGUGGCGGCGGCAUGCGGGUCGGACCCCAGUACCAGGCGUCGGUGCCCGACUUCGACCCCGCCAAACUCGCAAGGCGCAGUCAGGAACGAGACAAUCUCGGCAUGUUGGUCUGGUCGCCCAAUCAGAACCUGUCGGAGGCAAAACUGGACGAGUACAUCGCCAUCGCCAAGGAGAAGCACGGGUACAACAUGGAGCAGGCUCUUGGGAUGCUCUUUUGGCAUAAGCAUAAUAUUGAAAAAUCAUUGGCUGAUUUGCCCAACUUUACCCCUUUCCCAGAUGAGUGGACUGUAGAAGAUAAAGUCUUGUUUGAGCAAGCCUUUAGUUUUCAUGGGAAAACCUUUCAUAGAAUCCAACAAAUGCUUCCUGAUAAAUCCAUAGCCAGCCUAGUGAAAUUUUACUACUCGUGGAAGAAGACAAGAACUAGAACCAGCGUGAUGGAUCGCCAUGCUCGGAAGCAGAAGCGGGAGCGGGAGGAGAGUGAGGAUGAGCUGGAAGAGACAAAUGGAAGUAACCCCAUUGACAUUGAGGUUGAUCAAAACAAGGAAAGCAAGAAGGAGGUGCCCCCUGCUGAGGCAGUUCCUCAGGUGAAAAAAGAAAAACACAGCACACAAGCUAAAAACAGAGCAAAAAGGAAACCUCCAAAAGGAAUGUUCCUUUCUCAAGAGGACGUGGAGGCUGUCUCUGCCAACGCCACUGCUGCUACCACGGUGCUGCGACAGCUGGACAUGGAGCUGGUCUCCAUCAAGCGACAGAUUCAGAAUAUUAAACAGACCAACAGUGCUCUCAAAGAAAAGCUUGAUGGUGGAAUAGAACCGUACCGACUUCCAGAGGUCAUUCAGAAGUGCAAUGCGCGCUGGACCACAGAGGAGCAGCUUCUCGCCGUGCAAGCCAUCAGGAAGUAUGGCCGAGAUUUCCAAGCCAUCUCGGAUGUGAUUGGGAAUAAGUCAGUGGUGCAGGUCAAGAACUUUUUUGUCAAUUACCGACGCCGCUUCAACAUAGACGAAGUUUUACAGGAGUGGGAGGCAGAGCACGGCAAAGAGGAGACCAAUGGACCCAGUAACCAGAAGCCCGUCAAGUCCCCAGACGGUGCCAUCAAGAUGCCCGACGAGGAGGAUGAGGCGGCCUCUGUCCUUGACGUCAGAUACGCGUCCGCCUCAUGAGUACGUCGGUCACUUUGAACUCUGGUGUGGACUCCAGGUUACCCAGGAUAUCAGGUAUCACGAGACAUCACCUCGCCAUCUGCAUCCCAUCUCUGUGGACAAGCAGCUAUUACCAAAAAGGCGUACACUUCAGUCCUGUGCUCCAUCUGCCUUAAUUCUCCGCUCGUUCCUCCGUGUCGGCACCGCAUCUCUCACUCUGCCUCAGUGCUGGGGAACCCACACCUGCAUCCCACGACUCUGGGACCCGCCCCCUCUUGGAGCCCUGCACCCACCAAUGGCAGCUUCCCAGCAGCAGCUUCAGGGCAGGUGGUCUCCGAAGGCCCGACUCAGCACCUGCAUGGCCUGCGAUGUCACUUGCAGAAUAACGGGUUCUCAUUCUUUCUGGGGCGGCCCCCUAAGUACUACUAUGCUCCUUUGGAAGUCAUUGGCAGACUGAGUCCUAAUCUUAUUGUGCCAAGCAUCCUGAUGCAACUCAGUUCCCAAGUGCAGGGUGGAAUUAUGGUUUGUGAAUUUAGUUGGCUUACAUCGCUCCCCUUCUCCUUUCCCAAGUGUUUAAAAGCUCGUUCACAGCAACUGUCCUCGGACACGGUAGCUUACAGGGAAUGCUGGGCCCCACGCUGUCUGCCUUCAGCCUCAGCCUGCAGUCCCAGGGUGGCUGCACCCCUCCUCCUGAUCCCCGCCACCACUACCACCACCCAAGUCCGAGAGAUUUGGCCCAUAUCACUGUACCUGGUGCUUGCCCAUUCGGAAUUGGUGCCUUCUCCUUUUGGCAACCAUGUUCUCGAUCCCUUUUCUGUCCAAGUGUCUUAUUUAAAGUUUAUUGCUUGCCAAAGAUGACGACAUCGAGGUGGGCAGGGAGCGCCUCUGCCGGCUCCCGCUGUGCAGACAGGAGCUUGGCGCCCAGGGCUGAGGAGAGCGGCGGCGGCUGGGUGGGAGCAACCCUCUGAGGCUCCAUCCCCGUGGUGCACCUGGUCUGCUGCGCGUCACUCCGCGUGACCCUUUGCGUCCUUCUAGUGCUGAUGUGAAAUACAGACACCAUCCCUUUCAUCCCCUUCGUAGAAUGCAGGACAGAGCAGGGAGCGGCGUGCUGGUCUAGGGAGACUGCAGCAAAAAGAAACCGCCUGCAGAUUGGUCUGUGACGCCUGGGGUCGGCCGGGUCUCGUGGGCUUUGUGAUCAGUGCGCUGGGGUCGGCCAGGUCCAGUGGGCUUUCUGAUCAGUGUGCUGAGCCUGCUGCGCCCAUGGCUUUUCUCUCGCCCAGCCACACAGAUGCUGGAGAUGUGGGAGGAGCUUUGGUGGUUGUUGGCAUCAUUUGAGGUUUUUUUUCCUGCUUUUAAUACCAAAAAGAAAAAAUGCAGAUGCUUUAAGGCAUAAACAGAAUUCUUAAGAAUUUUAAAUAUGCAAUUAAGAAUUUGAUGUGUUUUGACUCCCAAGCACCUUGCUUUUUUUUCUUUUUCUUUUUUUUCUUUUUGUGUGUGUGUUUGUCUCAGCUGAUUUUCUCUUUAGAAAGAGGUUCAGCCAGGACCCUAGGUUUUGGCAUUUGUAUAUUUCGUUUCAGACAUCUGGGAAAGGUCAUUCCAAAGCGGGGGAGUACAGGGACUUCCCUCACCUUGUCCCGCUCAGCAUGUCACCGCCCAAGGCCCCUGCAGAUAGCAGGGUGACACUAGCACCAGGCAAGUUUCCUUGACUUCCCGCAAGCUUGCAUGUGACUGGGGGCUGGUGGGACUGUGCAGGCAGAGCCAGCCUGUGGGCACCGAGGCCCGCACUGCAGCCGCUGUCUUCCUGGCUGGACUCGUGGCCCUGGCCCUGCGGUGGCGGCAGCAGUCAGAGACGGCCGUGGAGGCUGUCUGUCCUGCUUGGCCCUGCCCUGCCACUGGUUCUCUUUCUUUGUACUCGCCAGUCUCCCCAAGAUGAGAGCUUCAGGCAGAGCCUGGAAACGAUGCUCAUCUACAGGUGAUAUGUACCAGGCCCCAGACUGUGUCGUGCGUUGUCCCCCUUCUGUCCCUGGCACUGGGCACCCUCCAGCCCUGAAGGGUCACAUGAGGAGCCCUGGCUUCACAGCCACUUGGUCAGCUUGCAGCGCAGGGCGACUGAAGCCCGGGUUCUGCUGGUGGCCCAUGCUGUAGGCCAGUGUCCGGUAGCGCUGUGUUCCAGGCGCUGCUCUCUGCAUGUCUUGGCAGUUACAUAAAUGCAAGAAAUCGCUUUGCUUCCAGAGCCAGGUGAUGAGUCCUCUGGUCUUAUUUAUGUGACAACUCUAACAUACCAAGAAUUGGUGCGCGGUGGGCUGGGUUUGGGAUGUGAUAACUGCUUCAGGUGAAAUGUCACUUAAGCUUUGUGUUCUUAAAAUUAUCAAUGUGAAUGUCAUAAUUAUAUAUAUUUUUGUGGAAAAAAUUCUCCUAAGUAUAAGUUAUUGUGCAAAAUAUAGUAUCAUGGACGCAAAUAAUAGUUUAACUUUUAGUUUAGAGAUCCUAAAAGAUAUAAAUUGUAUUGAUAUGCAUUAAAAGUUUGCUUUAUUUAAUUUUAUGUAGACCUGUAAAGUGUUAGGUGAGAAUUGUUUUCAUUUAUCCAUUCAUCCAUCAUUACUUGAAUGUUGUGUUGGCUGGGCGGCCGCAGCGACCAGCUCCCCAGUGCGGCUCUUCAGGCGGGCAGAUGCUGGCGCAGCAGCGAGGUUAGUGUACUCAACCCCUCCGUGCUGUCCGCACCCUCAGGGGACCCCGAGUCCUCCGAGCAGUUUCUGCCAGGUUUAACCGGUAGGACACGUUUGCAGGCACAGGCCUCUAGUGAGAAACAAAGAUGAGAAAGUUUCAGAAGCUUACUGUGGUGGACUCGUGAAGCAGCUCUUUUCUGUCGAUGUUAAAUUUCUCAGCUCUCCCAACCACUCUUAAGUGUGCUGAUUGUCACUUUAAGUUCCAGCUCUACCCUGUUUGCGUCUCUCUGAGUAUCAGAUGUACUAUUGGUACAAUUGCACACCAAAAAAGAAGCCAAACAGUGCAUUACACUAACUGGAUCCCUGCUUUUCUGCGAGCAAAGGAAAGAUGUAUGACUCCAGCAAGAGCCUCUCCGCCUCUGCUCCUUCUCCUCCCCUUCCCUCUCCUGUCUCGCCCUGUGCCCUCUCUUUGUGCCCGCCUCUGAUCUAGUGAGCCCAGGAUUCCAGCUUCCAGCACCCCGCCGCCUCCGAAGAACUGCAGGCAGUCAGGACUGGAGUCGACCGUGCGGUGCUGCCCGCGCCAGGGCUCUGUAGUAAAGCACAAUAGCGGGAGCGUCACAAUUCAGAAGAAGGAAGGUCAGGAUCGGCUAUGCAUGUUGUAAGAUAGUAAGUGUUUACAGCCCCUCCUCCUCCAUGGAAAUCGAUGCUGGAGUGGAGUAUUCCGUAUGUAGACUUCCAACUUUGCUAAGUGCUUUUUAGAUUGCUUAAAAAUUUUUCAAGAUUUUAAAAGAUGUAUAAGGUUAAGUUUGCAGAUAUAAUGGAAAUGCUGUAUAUCUUUUGAAGUGAAAAAAUCCAUGUCGAAAUUUUAAAGAAAUACGUUGUAAUAAUGCUGUUGUAAGUAAUAUUUUCACGUCUCUCUGCCUGUUUUCUAUUUCAGCACAUUCAUUGUUGUGAAUGUUCAUAGCAUUAUAACUGCUUAGCCAUUGAAUGAUAACAUUUGUUAGUGGAAAUUGGAAGAAUUUAUUUGUGGAAUUCUGCAGAAUUCAUUUUUCUAUUUCCAAUAUUUGCUGAAAUUAAAUAAAAAUUUUCAAGCCA